CGACUCCAAGCUCUAAGCCCCUCAAGGACCAUCCCCUCAACGAAUGGUCGUCCUCCACUCCCGCGACUGAGAACACCUGUCCUCUUCCCAUCUCGUUGCCUUCACCUGACUCAUCCAUCCUGGCCAGGCUGACUCACGCCUGCCGUUUGAUGGUGGAUCCAUUGUUGCCUGCGCCAGUUUGUACAUGAUGCAGUGGAUGUAUAUCUGCCACUGAGAGCACCGGCCUCACCUCGCAGAAUACCGCCCCUCAAGACGCUAUCGCCAAACUACUACAACCGACACAGUCAAAGACAAGUAACAUGGCGUUCCAACAGACCUCUCCCAUGGUCAAGUUUGAAAACUCGCCGGCCGAGUCGUUCAUCUCCACUCCCGGCGAGAACUACACAUCUCUCUUCGCCGCGGCCACUCCCUCCGCUACCAACACAAUGAACCCUAUGGAGAUGAUGACCCCCAAGUCCUUUUCCGAGGACAAGCCCAGCGAGGCCUCCCUCGACAACCUCGACAAUCUCGACAACGUCACAGAUUCCGAGGACUCCCCCGCUCCCUCUGGGGACAAGAAGAGCGCUAAGAAGCGCAAGUCGUGGGGCCAGGUUCUGCCUGAGCCCAAGACGAACCUCCCUCCCAGGAAACGAGCCAAGACCGAAGACGAGAAGGAGCAGCGUCGUGUCGAGCGUGUUCUCCGAAACCGCCGCGCCGCUCAGUCUUCUCGCGAACGUAAGAGGCUAGAGGUUGAGGCCCUCGAGAAGCGGAACAAGGAGCUUGAGUCCAUGCUCAUCAACGCCCAGAAGGCGAACUUGAUGCUGGUCGAAGAGCUCAACCGCUUCCGAAGAUCCUCCGGCGUCGUCACUCGUUCCUCAUCUCCCCUAGACUCCCUCCGGGAUAACCCAGUCACACUGUCCCAGGAGCUUUUCAGCUCCCAAGAUGGACACAAGGCUAACGCCGACUCAUCAACCCCCCUCAUGGAUGAUAUUCUUAUUUCUAACGCCACCGUCAACCCCGCCUCGCUCUCUCCCGAGCUUGGCCCCGUAGACGACUCAUCUGAAGAAGCUCCCGAGCAGUCCUCGAUGGAGGCGCAGACCAGCGAGCUGACUUCGGCUACCUCCCCCGACUUGACACAACGUCCUGCAGUGUCAAACGUCGGCGGAGAUGCCCAAGUCGUUCCUGGUCUCGCAAACCUCGAUGCCGCCAGCCUUGGCCUGGCUGUUGCAGCUUCGGAUGAUGUUGCUUUCAGCCUCGGCGAUUCUUUCAGCAUGUCAACGGCCCUUGACACAGAUCGCUAUGUCCUCGAAAGCGGGCUUCUCUCUUCUCCCAACUCCUCCAUUAUUGACGACGAUUAUCUGGUUGGUGACUCUGCCACCGGCUUUACGCAUCAGUCCGACUUCGAUCUCUUCGACAUCAACGACUUCCUCAUCGACGAAGCAAACCCUGGCGCUUCAGACUUUAUGGCAGCGAGCGACUUCGCCGCUGCGGACCACGAACUCGACUUCAAGGUCCACGACCCUGAGACUCAAGUCUCUUCGGAAAAUCCUAUCCAGCAGCCCCAGCCUGGCGCGUCCGCUCUCGGAUGCGACGCUGGUGGCAUUGCGGUUGGUGUCUGAAGGACGCGAAGAUCGGGUCGGGAACUUGCAGCGCGAGUCCAGUGGGACGCGCGGUGAUGAUUGCGAGUUGACACGAUGUUUGAGCGGCAUCGCCUUGCCGUCGAAGGAUGUUCUAUUAACCCUCCUGUGGGCCCUAAAGGUCGAGGAGCGGAGGAUCCGACGGAGAAGCGGCGUAGUUCUCGACCCAGAGACUCGCUCCCAGCAACAACCAGCCCAUAAUUAUAAGUUAGAGGUAGUAGGGGAUAAACGGAAGAUGGCAGAUGUCGACAGCAGCAAACAGAAGCGCUGUCGCCUGGCAUGAAAUGUAACCAUGACAAUUGGACUAAGGAGCAUUGGCGUCACAACGGAAUUAUAUCUUAUGUCCUCGGGUGGGACAGGAACCAAGGGCUGGGAACUGUACAACUUAGUAAAUCCAUGCGAAUUAA